UGGCGCUGUAGUCGUUUCGGGUUCAAUCAGUUGUAUCUGCGUUGUUUAACUGCGAUUAAUUUGUGAAAAAACGAACGUAUUACUGUGAGAUCUGCCAUGCACGCGUCCAAGACUGAAGCCACGAACGCCAGCGGCGGAGACUCCAAGAGUGGGACGGCAGACGCCAAGACCAAGGCGGACUCGGCUACGACGGAGUUGGAGAAGUACUGGCAGGUGGUGAGGAGCAACCCGGCCGAUUUUACGGGAUGGACGUACCUGCUGCAGUUUGUGGAACAGGAGAACAACCUGACGGCGGCGCGGGAAGCCUUCGAUAAAUUCUUUUCUUACUACCCUUACUGCUAUGGCUACUGGAAGAAGUACGCCGACAUGGAGAAAAAAUUGGACUCCAUCUCGAAGGCCGAGGAGACCUUCGAGCGCGGAGUGGCGGCGAUUCCGUUGAGUGUGGACCUCUGGAUUCAUUACAUCAACUUUGUGAAGACCCAUUUCAAAGAUGAAGACUACUACUACGUCAAGGUUAAGAACCUGUUUGAGCGGGCAAUCGAGUCGUCGGGGCAGGACUUCCGUUCGGACCGUCUGUGGGACAUGUUUGUCACCUGGGAGCAGGAGAACAAGAACCUCAAGGAGGUGACUGCCAUCUAUGAGCGGGUUCUGCAGGUUCCUACGCAGCUGUACGGACACCACUUCGAAAAGUUCCAGGAACACGUGAAAUCCCAUGCCCCAAAAGACAUCCUGUCAACAGAUGAGUUCCUAGCCCUGCGUCAGCAGUACAUGGAGUCCAUGGGUAAGGGUGCUGGGGGUUCAGGAGAGGACGGUUCUCACAUGGAGCUGGAUGACGACGAGGGAGAGGCACCGCCCCCGGGGGUAGAUGACGCAUUGCCCCCUGGUGUGGAUGACCCGACUCAAGAGAAGGAAGACACACGAGCACUGAAGAAUGACAACGAGGCCAAGUACAUCCGCGACAAAGUCGUCGAGAAGCGCCGUUCGCUGUUCAAGGCCAAUGAGGAAGAAGUUGGUCGACGCUGGGCCUUUGAAGAAGGGAUCAAGCGGCCAUACUUUCAUGUGAAGCCCCUGGAGAGAUCACAGCUCAAGAACUGGCGGGAUUACCUGGACUUCGAGGUUGGCAAUGGGAACGCCACUCGCACCAUCAUAUUGUUUGAACGGUGCAUGAUUGCCUGCGCCCUCUACGAAGAUAUGUGGAUUAAGUAUGUGAAAUACCUGGACAAAGCGGAUCCGGAGCGGGUGAACGACGUUUUCCGUCGGGCCUGCACCAUCCAUCUGAUGCGCAAGCCCAACAUCAACCUGGCUUGGGCAGCCUACGAAGAGAAGCAGGGCCGUUACGACGAAGCAGUGGAGGUCCUCUCCGGAGUCCAGGAGCGUAUUCCAGACCUGCUGGAGGCGACACUCCGUCGCGUCAACCUGGAAAGACGCCGCGGCAACCCGGACAAAGUUGAGGAACUCUACAGGGAGCUGGUGACAAAGGCACCCUCGGACCGUAUGGCUACACACUAUGCUUGCAAGCUGGCUCGCUUUAUCGCAAAGGUACGAUCCAAUGUGGAUGGCGCGGCUGAAGUACUGAAGGAGGCACUGAAACGGGAUCCUACAAAUGGCCAGCUGUACAUGCAGUUGGCAGACUUGGGCUACCAAAAGAGUCCACCAGAUGAGACCAUGGUGCUUGAGGCCUUCGAGCAGGCGCUCAUAAGCGACCUCACCCCCAGCGAGAAACUGACCUUCCUGCAGCGCAAGCUCGAGUUCCUCGAGGACUUCGGCACUGACGUGGAUAAGAUUCAGGAAACGUUUGAGGAGUACAACAAGAUGUUCAAGGUUCAAGCAACGGCCAAGAAACGUGCGGCAGAAGACGACGCGGCAGGUGGAGAGAAGAAAGUCAAGUCUGAGAUGAAUGGCGGCGACGCAACAGCUGCAACCGCAGUGGCGACUACUGCAGCUGCUCCCACUGCGACGACCGACCCUUCCGCGCAGUACAAUUAUGCGCAGUCGUGGGGAAGCUAUCCACAGGCUUACGGCUACCAGCAACAGUGGAACACAUAUCCAGCAACGUCGUACUACCCAACGCACUGAUCCCAUUCAACACAUCCGAGAAUGAGGUUUCCGUAAAACCAUUGCCUGGUGCUCCAGCCAGCGCGCGGGCAAUUCACUUCACUCAUUUUUCUUCCGGUUUUCUCUACUCCCACAUUGUUUGCUCAUUUGAUGGUCGUGGAUGGGAUCGCCCCUGAAGGGGGAGGGGUUCAAGGCCACCGAAGAAGGCAGGGACCUCCACUGGGCAUUGUAAAUAGCAGUUCCUCUGCUGGGACUUUAGUUUCCUUUUUAGCGCUGUGUCGCAUAUGUGUAUAAAUUGAGUAAAUAAAACUGUUUGCGUCACUA